AUGGAGGAGGCCGCCGUGCCGGCCCCCGGCCACCCCCCGCCGCCGCCGCUUCUGGGGCCCCCCCCCCCUCCGCCGCCGCCCCCGCCGCCCCCUCCGCCGCCGCUGAGCCUGCAGAAAGCGCUGCAGCAGUGCGAGCUCGUCCAGAACAUGAUCGACAUCAGCAUCUCCAACCUGGAGGGGCUGCGCACCAAAUGCGCCACGUCCAACGACCUCACGCAGAAGGAGAUCCGCACCUUGGAGGUGAGGCGCGGCCCGGAGAGGCAGGCAGGCAGGCUGGCAAGAGGGUGGGGGGCUGAGAGUGAGGGGUCGUCCAGGGAUGGACGGACGGACGCGGGGAUGGGGGACUCUGGAGCUCAGGAGGGAAGGGGACGCUUCUCUCGUCCCCCCCCCCCGCCCCGUCCAUCCCCAGUCCGGGCCCUCGAAGGCUAUGGCACCGAGGGGCGCGCGGGGAGACGCUGAAGGGGGGGGGGGUUCCUGGUCGUAGCUGUGAGUGUGUUUGUGUGUACGAGAGAGAGAGAAAAAGCGCGCGCCACGGAGGCUGCGCGUCCUGCAGGUGCCUAAAGGUGUCGCUGGCUUUCUUUCUUUUUUAGUAGGGGGGAGGGAAGAGAAGGGGAUCUCCCCCAUCCUUGCCCUCAUUAGGGCAAUUUUCCUUCCUGGUUUUCUCCUUGCUCAUCCACAGAACGAUAGAUCCCUCUGCCUCUCUCUCUCCCCCCCGCCCACCAGAAGGAGGCCGUCCGUGGAUACAGCCUCCUUCUUGUCGUGGCUGCCUUUGCAGGGAUAGUUAAAAAUAAAACCGUCUCUGUGGACUCUUGGGAAGGUGGGGAGAGGCACCAGAGAGAGAGACCCCGAAGGUGCCUCCUGGAGCAUCUGAUUGGAAGGGCCCCCCCCCACCCCAGUCCAGUCCAGUCCAGUCCUGUUGGGAGCCCAGAAGGCGAGGCUUUUGUGGGGGGGUGGGCCUUUUUGCCACGCGUGGUUGAAAUAUGGGGUGCGGGGGGGGGGAGGGAGAGAGAACCAGAUCCACGUGUUCGGCACGCAUGAGACAGGCGCCAUGCGGCGCUUUGACUUGGGAGCAUCAGCUGACUUGGGUCAGGCCGAAGGGGGCCCAUCUCGGCCAGCACCCUGUCCUCACAGUGGCUGGCCGGAGAUGCCUUAUUGUGGGAAGUCUGCAAGUCCACAACUCUCCCUGCUUGCCGUUCCCAGUAGCCAGUAGGCAGAGGCAGAUAUGCCUGGACAGCAGAGGGAGGUCAGGGCCACUGUGGCUGGUAGUAGCCACUUAGAGUUGCUGAGAGUAGCCUCAUUUCCCGUUAGUUCAUCAUCUGAAUUGUCACCCAAAUUGUCAAAGGCCUGUGUUUCUUCCUGCCACCCCCCCCCCAAUUUAUUCAUUUGCAACUGUGCCUGGCUUUGCAUCCCUGUUCUCUGAGCAGCUUUGCAAAGUUUGCAUAAGCACUAGUGCACCUUGACCCAGGACCCCAGCCUUUUGCAGUUUCUCCUGGCAGCAUCUCUGCCACCUGUCCCAGGCCUAGAUGCUCAGAGGGUUUGUUAUUAUUAUUAUUACUACUAUCUUCCUUGUUGCAUUCAUACCCCACCUUUCCCUUCAAGGGCGUGCAUGUUUCUUCCCCUCCUUAUUUAAUCCCCACAACAGCCCUGUGAGGUAGGCGAGUCUGAGACAUAGAGACUGGCCUCCAAGGUCACCCUGUGAACUUCAUGGCCAAUGAGCAGAGAUUUGAACCUUGGUCACCCAGGUCUUAGUCCCGCUCUCUAUCCACUGCACCACACUAUUCUGCAGGCUCUUUCAGACUGGUGGCAGCUCUGAUGUAGUGGUAAGCAGCUGGACAGGUGGAUACUGUCAUUGGUGGGCCCCCUCCCCAAGUGGACUUGUCCCCUUUCCGCUGAUGUCCCCUUGCUUUUCUCUCCCCUCUAGGCCCGAUCCAUGCAAACCUUAUGGUGGUGCAGCUGGCACAUUUGCAAAGCUAAGCAGGAUCUGGUAUGGUUUCAAACUGGAUGGGAGACUGUAUGUUGAGAUUUCUGCAUGGGAGAGGGUUGGACUAGGAUGAUUCUAUAAUUCCCCUCUAGGCCCAAUCCAUGCAAACCAUGCUGUUGAUUGGGUCCUUAAAGAGGGCUGGUGGAGGAGAGCUUGUAGGAGCAAGCAAGAGGGGUGGAAUCAGGCCCCCAGACCUCUGUGGGUCAGAAGUGGAGCCAUGUAAGCACUGCACCCCUCAAACGUAGUUCCUGACCCCUGAUACCUGCCCUGCUGCCUUGGUUUGACCUGUUCCUGUAAGUCCCCUUUGCAGUUCCUGGACUCUGCAUCUUGAAGAGCUGUGCAGAAUGGGCAUUUUAUCAGCUGUGGCAAAAGUGGGAAACCUCCAGCCCACAGGCCAAAUGGGCUCCUCCAGGACUUUCUGUCUGGCCCCUGAAACCUUCUCCAGUUCCACCCUUAUUUCCAGGACACACCAUUCGCAACCCGUGCUUCACACCACAAGAGUUUUGGGCCGGCUGGACUGUGUCCUUGAACCCUGAUCAGGCCUCUUAAUUGCCUGGAUGGGAAUGGAGGGGACGUGUGUGUGUGUGUGUGUGUGUGAGAGAGAGAGAGAGAGAGAGAGAGAAAUGUGUCCUGUAGAAAUCAGCUUAUUGCACAGAAGUAGAAUCGACUUCUGUUGCUCCACCUACUUCUGCCUCUGGAUCCGCCCAUCAUUAGCAUGUGGCCCCCGGAAUGUUGCGCAGGAAGGAAUGUGGCCCUCAGACUGAAAAAGGCUCCCCUCCCCUGACCUGUGGGCCUUCCUUAAAGCUACAAGGGUAAAAUCGUGGUUCGGUUUGCCAGAAAUUAGUAAAACUUGCAUCCCUGAACACUUGUCCAGUUGUGGGUUCUCCUGUGGCAAAUGCUCAUUUAGUGGCUUGUAUCUUACCUCCCUGCUAUAGGUUUCUUGUGGCACAGCGGUGUCCAAACUUUUUCCAAGAAGGGCCAGAUUUGAUGAAGUGAACACGCGUGAGGGCCGACCAAAAUUGUUAAGCUUUUUUUAAGGAUUUUUUAGGAUUUAGGAAUAAACUGCCCCGGGGCCACAUUAAACCAACAGAUGGGCCGGAUUAGGGCCUGACUUUAAACAUCCCUGUUGUAGCAGAAAGUUCAUGUCAGGACUGGCUGCCAUGUACCGUAUUUUUCGCUCUGUAAGAUGUACCAGACCACAAGACGCACCUAGUUUUUGGAGGAGGAAAACAAGAAAAAAAAUAUUCUGAAUCUCCGAAGCCAGAACACCCUAACCCUUUUGAGUUCUGGCUUCUGGGAUAGCUGUGCAGCCUGCAUUCCCUCCAUAAGACGCACACACAUUUCCCCUUACUUUUUAGGAGGAAAAAAGUGAGUCUAAUAGAGCAAAAAAUACGGUAAAUCUGGGUGUUUGAUGAUAGCCUUGAUAGCUUUUAUUCUUUUCUUUUCUCAAGCAGCUCUUGGUUAUGGCAGCUUAGUAGUACCUCCAGGUUCAGACGCAGUCUACUGUGGAACUGAGAAACACAUAUGUAGGAGGUCCAAGGCAUUUCCCAGGCAUUGCUCAGAUCCUGGCUUGCUAAAGUUUAGCAAAGUUAUUUGCUUUAGAUCAGGCAUUUGUCUGCAGAUCUGUUGCUCAGCAGUAGAACAUGUGCUUAGCUAGUUUGAUGUCUGGCAUCCCCAGGAAAAAAGGAUCACGGGUGCUGGGAACUGGAAAAACUCUUCUGCCUGGGGCUGGCUUUACACUUUGCACGGCAGCAAAUUCCGUGCUUGCGGAGAACUGCAGGUGAUUCCGUCCUCCUCGCCAACUUUUCUGUCUGACCUGCGUUUGCGAUGACUUCUUUGUUGUGUUCACACAUUACAUUUUCACAUGUACGCUUAAACCUCUUUGGUAGAUGCCUGGAAAACUGCAGGCGAUUCCCGAAUUGACUUUGCUGCCAGACAGAAAACUUUGCAGACACUUCUCUGUUGCAUUCACACAUUACAUCAACACACGUACAUUUGCGUAUGCCUGAAAAAUGUCAUGUUUGACAUAGUCCUUAAACCUGGGAGAAGUGCUGAUGGUUAAGGUUAUUGGACUGACCAUUCGGUCUGGAUGAAGAGAAGGACGCUUAGGUCGGAAGCUUCCUGCUGAAGGUUGACCCAAGUCUUGUCCUGUUGAGGGGCCACAUGUGGAUGUGUCCACAUCUCACUGAUCCAAACAAAUGGCUGAGGAAGCACCCAAAGUAACAGCAGAGCUGAAAGUUUUAGAUGAACAUGAAUGAUAGUUAAAAAUGUGAUCAUAUAAUUAUCAGGUUCACUGUACAUCACUAACAAAACAAGAGUCCUGUUGGGUCAGGCAAUUGGCCCAUCUCAUCUUUGAAGGCCAUCCAAGACCUUCUUCAUGCAGUGCCUAAUUAAACUGUGGAACUCACGGCCUAGAACCCUCAUACCUACGGGACCGCCUCUCCCGGUAUGCCCCACGGAGGACCUUAAGGUCCAUAAAUAGUAACACUCUAGUGGUCCCAGGCCCUAAGGAAGUCAGAUUAGCCUCAACCAGAGCCAGGGCCUUUUCAACACUAGCUCCGGCCUGGUGGAAUGCUCUGCCUCAUGAGACCAGGGCCCUGCAAUAUCUGAUUUCUUUCCGCAGGGCCUGUAAGACAGAGUUGUUCCACCUGGCCUUUGGCUUGGAAUCAAAUUGAUCCCCUCCCCCUCCCCCUCUUUCCUUUUUCCUUUCUCCUUCUGUGAUGGAACUCCUAUUUGGGGACUUCCCUCGCUUUUUUCUGGCCCACGUAGGACCAGUCUGGAUAGUUGGCCUUGGUGAAGACUUGACGUUUUCAUCCCCCCAAAAGUUUUUGAUUUGAGUUCCUGCUGAAAUGAGGCUGCAUUUUAAUGUUGUAUUUUAGUCUUGUUUUUGAGUUGUGUUUCAAUCAAUUGUUUUUGUGCCGGUGUUGGCCACCCUUAGCCCGGUCUUGGCUGGGGAGGGCGGGGUAUAAAUAAAAUUUAAUAAUAAUAAUAAUAAUAAUAAUAAUAAUAAUAAUAAUAAUAACUCACUCCCACAGGAGGCAGUGAUGUCCACCAAGUUGAAUGGAGUUAAAAUAGGAUUGGACAAGGCUACUGGUAGCUACUAGCUAUGACAGCUAUGCUCUGCCUCCAUGGUUGCAAGCCGUCAAUCUUGUGAAUCCAUUUGCUGGAAACCACAGGAGAGGAGAGGGCUCUUGUGUUCAAAUCCUGCUUGCUGGUUUCCCACAGGCAUCUGGUUGGCUGCUGUGAGAACAGGAUGCUGGACUAGAAGGGCCAUUGUCCUGGUCCAGAAGGCUCUUUUUAUGUUCUUUACGAGAGUGGUCACACAACCAUCGGUCCACUUGCUCUAGCGAAUAGAUGUGAUUGUUCUGAAGUAAACAGUCUGGGGAGUAAUUCAGGGAGGAAGUCUUUCCUAGCCUUCUUUGGAGAUGUCUGGGAUUGAACACGGGACCUUCUGCAUGCAAGGCUCUACCAGAGAGCAACGGACUUCCCCAUGCAAACAUCACAUGGCUUGGCAGGCUUAUUGGAACAAAUGAGUUUUGCAGCAGGUGCCAAACGCAAUACAGUGAAAGAGCCUGAAAUCAAUGAGCAGGGAGUUCCAAAGUGCACACGCUGUCAUAAUAAAGCGCCGAUUUCUUGCAAGUGCAGAAUGAAUCUCAUUUGUAAAAGUGCCAUUUCCACAUUUCGGUGAUCUAGAAAGAAAUGCACAUUGGCAGAGGAGGGAUCCCACCAGAGGACCUUUUAGAGUUCCUUAAAAAAAUUUUUUUUAUUCAAAAUUAAAACAAGACAUAUUAUCCAAAAAACAUAUCAUCCUUGUUUCCCCCCUAUUUUUCCUCCCUCAGUUUUGCCAGUUCUGCAUAGUACGCCAAUUUUUCUUGCCAUGAUUCUUUAGUUGGGGUUUCUUCAGUCUUCCAUCCUUGUGCUACCAGAACUCUCUUCGCCGUUGUCACAUACAUGAAGUUUUUCAGCUUUUUUGGCAGGUCUUUCCCUACAAUCCCCAACAAAAAUGUCUCAGGUUUUUAAACAAAUGUUAAAUGGAACUUCAACUCAUUGUAUACCAUUUCCCAAUUUUUUAAAAUUACAUUACAAUCCCACCACAUAUGAUAAAAUGUCCCUUCCUUUUCCUUACACUUCCAACAUAUAUUUGAAUUAGUUUUGUACAUUUUCCCUAACUGCACUGGUGUUGUGUACCAUCUAUACAUCAUCUCCAUGUAAUUCUCCUUCAAUAGGGAACAAUCUGUAAAUUUUAAAUCAGUUUUCCAUAAUUUUCCCCAAUGUUCCAUCAUAAUGUUGUGACCUACAUCUUGUGCCCAUUUAAUCAUAACUGAUUUUACCUCUUCAUCUUUCGUCUCCCAUUCUAAUAAUAUGCUGUAUGCGGCCUUCAGUAAUUUCCCUUUCCCUUCGAUCACUUCCGUUUGAAACCUAGAUCUAGUAUAACUGAAUCCUUUCUUACUAGAAAGGACCUUUUAGACUUCAACCAGCCUCUGCCAAAAGGCACGAGGACUCAGUUGAAGAUUACGUCUCAGUGUUUAGAGCACCAUAAGCAAGACAUGCUCAGGAGGGACUACCAAAGUGCUGUAGGCUAGUUGUUCUGAAAGCUUCCUCCAUUCCAUUUUUUAAAAAUAAAAAUCUACCAAGGCCACCUUAAGGUUUGGGUUUAACAGAUGGGCUAAGCAGCCUUGACUUUUUGGAAGUGAAAAAAAAAAAGAUAUUAUAAGGUUAUGUCAUUGGCCUUAUCAAGGAAAAGCAUCAACCCAGCCUUGCAAAAAGCUUCCCCUUGCCGCUUGUUUAGUUACUGGCACACAGAAAUUGCUGACACAGAACCUGCACUAGUCUUUUGUGUCUGAAAGGGGGGAAAACAAACAAAAAACACAACCACAUUUUGUAAAAGUUCCCUUCUGGGAUGUUAAUGGGUCGUGAUGGUUUCAAACAAACAAACAAACAAACAAACAAACCCUCAAAACUGGGCAAGGGGCAGUUUAUAUGGCAGCUCAGUGGCAGAGCAACUGCUUUGCAUGAAGAAGUUCCCAGAUUCAACCUUUGGCCUCUCCAGGUCCCCUCAAGUUUGUUCUCAGAUCAGCUAUCCUAGUAGCUGACGGGCCACAAGGCAGGGAGCCUGACAGCAGGUGGCGCCAAUGACAGGCGAAGCCAGCUGAUGCUAGUUUGGUCCCCAUCCUCCCCCGUGCUGAGUAUUAUAAGGGUGGCACUGAGGAGGAAGGUGACAGGCAAGGCUACCCAUUGGACUGCUUGUAAGUAAGAAGGCAGGAAGCCAAUAGCUCACUGAAGGACCCAGGCUCUCUCUAUUCUUGUUGCAAUUAUGGUCUCUCUUCUUCAGCGGCUACAUAGGAGCCUGCCUCAACCCAUGUAGCCCAAUACUGAUUGGCUGUGGCUCUCCACAGUAUCGAGCAAUGUGGCAGCUGCUCACUGGAACUGGUAGGGCAGAAGGCAGGAAGCCCAACAGUAGGUGGCGCCAGAGCCAACGACAGGUUGAGUCAAUGAAUUCUAGUCUUGUCACCACCCUCCUUUGAGUUCCACGAGGGCAACACUGAGGUGACGGCGAAGGUGGAGGAGGAGGAGGGUAACUGGCAGGCCACCCUCUGGACUGGUCAUUAGUAAGGGGGCUGGCUGAGGGCAGGCUGAGCUGGGUGGGGCAUUGCCCCAUUUCCCCAAAUGGGCCAGCCUCCGCUGCUGCUUGCCAUGUUCUCCACUGCCUCCGUUCCCCUCUUUCCUCACCCCUUCUGUGUCAGUUUUGAAGCUGCAAGAUCCUCUGGGCUGAGACUUCUGUUCUUUAAGCUAUAAGCUUCACACAGAUUGAUGGGGCUGUCUAAUUAAUAAGAAGGACCGACAGGAGUCUCUUAAUUAGACGCCUAAUACAAAUGAUGCUAUAGAAUGAGUUCCCAUUCCUUCCAUUUCCAAUGUUGAAGCACUGAGUGAUGAUGCUUAGGUAGGCAUGGGGGAGGGAGGCUGCCCCCAGGAUUGCUUUGGAAUGGGAGUUUUCUGCUUGUCUCUUUGUUUUGGAGUGUGUAUUCUGCAACAUGUCAAUAGUGCAAUCAUAGUGGAGUUAUACUGGACCGUCCACACGCCAUUCUGCAUUCCCAGUUGUUCAGCAAUGCCAGCACAUUAUUGCCAUGCUGAAGAGACUAUUAUUAUUAUUAUUAUUAUUAUUAUUAUUAUUAUCCUACCCCACCUUUUUCCCUGACAGGGACUCAAGGUGACUUACAGAUAAAAUAAUAAUACUUAAAAACAUGGAGAAAAAAUAGUUUUAAAAACAACUAAACAUUAAUAUAAUUAAAACACAAACAAACAUAUAUAAAUCUACUAAAAACAUACCAAUGAUUACCAUAAAAACAGCACAACACAAACCCUUUCAUUAAAAGCAGCCAGUUUCCAAAAACCAGUUGGAAUAAGAAGGCAUUCACCUGGCGGGGGAAAGACAACAAGGUGGGUGCUAGUCCAGCUCUUCUAGGGAGGGAGUUCCAAAGUCUGGGAGCAGCCACCAAGAAGGCACUCUACAAGCUCAAGGUGACGUGUGGUCCUCACAACAACCCUGUGAAGUAGGAUAGGCUGCAAAUAGGAUAGGCUGCAACAUCACCCAGUGAGCUUCAUGGCCAAGUGGGGAUUCGGACCUUGGUCUCCCACCACCACUGACUUUAAGUAACAGGACAUGCACAGAUUGUAAAUGAAGCAGUGUGUCCCACACAAAAAAAUAACCUGUUGAAAGUAGGAUUUCAUAAAACUGCCCUGAUUCCACCGCGAGCUGAAAUCAACAUGAGUGCACAAUAAAAAAGGACAUCUGGUGUGGGGAAUCUUUGGCCCUGUUGUAUGUUCCUGAACUACAACUCCCACCUCCUGGGCUAUUGGCCAUGCUUGCUGGGGCUGAUGGGAGCUGUAGUUCAGCAACCUCUGCAGGGCAUAAGGUUCCAUGUACCUGCCUUAGAGUGUGCUUCCGACUCUUUUAUUUGCAGCUGUGACUUAGCAUGCCAGCUGGGUCUGUUUAGGAGGAACUGGGGGGUGGGGGAAGAGACACUCUUAAGCCGUCUCCCAAUUCUUUCUUUGAAGUAUCACCUGGCAUCAUCCCAGGAGAUUGACAGCUGGGUGACCCUGCCCACCUGGCAAUGUGGCCGAGUACUGGAUCCGGCCUGCUAACUGAAUCCAUAGCCACACCUGUGGUUUAUAUGGUGAUGACACAUGGCGGAAUUGUUUUUUUUUUUUGGGGGGGGUGAUAGCAUUUUGUUCACACCACACUGAGCGACUGGAGGUGAUGACAUUUUGUUUUCAUUUUCUCUGCUGGCUGCCUGUGUGCUGUGGGUGUUUGAACAUAUCCCCGUUUCCAGAGAUGGCUCCAGUUUAUUAUUAUUUUUUGGAAUCUGCCGGAGGCAAUUUUUUUUUUAGACGUCCUCCCGUCCCAUACCUGUCUGAGACAGCAGCAUGGUGAAGGAGGUCACUGGCACUGACCUAAGACAAGGGGGAGAGGGCAUGUGAAAUGGAUAUAUUGCUGAGCAGCAGGGAUGGGCAAAUUGUUGAUUUCAGUUUCUCAUUUUUCUAAACUUAAAUUCAGCUCCCCACAUUUGCACACCAUCUUGCAACAGAUUUGUCUUCAGUUGGGUUAGGGAUCAAUGAAUUGGUCUGUUUUGGUUUUUCUGAGGUUUCAUACACGCCAGACAUUUAAAGCACACCAACUUCCCUCAAAGAAUCAUGGGAACUGUAGUUUGGUGCUUCAAAGUAUAGCUCUCUCUGUGUGGGGGUAAACUACAGUUCCUAAGGACUCUUUGGGUGAAACCAUGUACCUUAUAUUUGCUUUAAAUGCAGCCUCUGUGUCUCGUUCCCCCCAAUCUUAAGCUCAGCUCUUCACAUUUCCACAUCACUUUGUGCUAUAUUUAUUUUUAAAAGUCUUCAUGAAAAUCAAUCCACAUUUUAGUACAGAUGUCAACUCAUGUACAUAUGUAUGUGUGCAUUUUUGCUUAAGAUACACAUUUUUGCAAAGCAGUCUUCCCUAAUAUAAUUCAUUUUGGUAUGUUAUUUCUGCUAGCAUAUGCAUUUUUCAGGCACACUUUCUAUGAAGUAUAUACCUUUUUUUUGCACAACUUACUUGGCUAGGAAACUGCAUUGCAAAAUUCAGAGGAGUGGCGAGGUUCAAAGGAGGGCCAGGUUUCGGUUCGUGGAUUGUUUCAGAAUGUGCAAAUGAGGUAGAUUUCACCUCUAGCUGGGAGCUGAAUCAAAUCUCUCCCCAUCCCUAUUGAACAGGACCUUUUCUAAUAGCAGAGGAGGGGGAUUGCAUGCAUGGAGUUGAGGUCCGAGGCCCUAGAUAACUCUGAAAGUCCCCAGCAUAUUGCACUGAUCCAGAUUCUAACUACAGGGAUGCAGAUCUUAGUGCCACCUGCCCAGCAAAAGCAGCACACAGACGAGGCUGUGCCUCUCCAAUUUAUGGUGAGAAAUGCAAAUAUUGCAAAGCUCACAAACGUAAUGAAUGUCAUCUGCUUUGCAAAUGGAUGAUAAAUGCUCUUUGGCCCACAGCUCAUUUAGUGUGGGGAUAUAUAGCUUCCCUGGUAGAGCUCCUCAUGCAGGAAGUCUCAGGUUAAACAAUAUCCAGUUGCCUAAAUAGGACCGAGAAAAAAGUUCCUGCUUAGGCAGGAGUGAGGAGUUUAAAAGUUGGCACAAAAUGCGCCUUAUGAAUCUCUAGUGACAGAGAGUUCCACAGGAUGACAGCAAAGGCUCAGUUCUUAUGUUGUCAUAGUUUCAUUUAUUCUUACUGUAAACUGCUCAGAUUUUUAAAAAAAAUGAAUUAAUGGUAUAUAACAGUGCGGGUGGUGCUGUGGUGUAAAGCACUGAGCAUCUUGGGCUUGCCAAUCAGAAGGUCGGCGGUUUGAAUCCCUGUGAUGGGGUGAGCUCCGGUUGCUUGGUCCCUGCUUCUGCCAACCUUGCAGUUCGAAAGCACGUCAAAGUGCAAGUAGAUAAAUAGGUACUGCUCCAGUGGGAAGGUAAAUGGCAUUUCCAUACGCUGCUCUGGUUUUGCCAGAAGCAGCUUAGUCAUGCUGGCCACAUGAAUGGAAGCUGUAUGCCGGCUCCCUCGGCCAAUAAAGCGAGAUGAGCGCCGCAACCCCAGAGUUGUCCGCAACUGAACCUAACGGUUAGGGGUCCCUUUACCUUUACCUUUACCUAUACCUAUCUUUUAUAAUAAAUAACUAUCAAACGUAAUCAGCAAAGAGCUGUUAGGUAGGGCAAUAGAGAUUACUUUCUUUAGUAAUGACUGAAGCCCACAGGGGAAUCCGGUACUGAGAGUCGGACCUCAGUGAUAACAGUGGAAAAACUGUGGGUUAGCUGUAGAGAGCCUCCAGUCUCCCAGCGUUUUGGGGCAGGGAUAUGAGCGCCUAGCAAAAGUUUAGAUUUGUAGAAUUAAGGUGCUUGUGUCCCCCCAUCACGACAAAUCUACUUUGGAACUCCUUUCUUAUUGACACAAGGCAGGCUCCUUUGCUAUAUCCUUAAAAAAACCCACCUAAUAAAAAACAUUUUUGGUUAGACGAGCUUCUCCAGACAUGUAGAGCAGGCAUCCCCAACCUUCGGCCCUCCAGAUGUUUUGGACUACAAUUCCCAUCAUUCCUGACCACUGGUCCUGUUGGCUAGGUGUCAUGGGAGUUGUAGUCCCAAAACAUCUGGAGGGCCGCAGGUUGGGGAUGCCUGAGGUAGAGUGUUGAUAGGUGCUUUAAUUUCCUUUUAGCUUCCUGUUGAUUUAAACGAUCCCAGAUUUCUCUUUGAGGUGGGAUUGCUGCAUUUCAAGCCUGUACUGUGUGCAUUGACUUCUCCCCUGUGUUCUUUGUUGUAAUGUCAGAACCUGGGACAGCACCUUGUGAAAGCUAGAGAUGCAGAUCAGGCCAAAAAUCACAUAGGGGGUUUUGUCUGAAAAUAUAAAUACAAGUAUACAACACUAGCAGGAAGUGCCUGGUGCUGCUUGUAAAUUCGAAGAAACUAAAAUACAUUGUGAAUUUUAUAUGGAAAGGGUAAUUUAUGAGUUUUAGGGCUGCAUGCACCCCCAACCCCACCAAUCCUGCACUCUGAACUGACCUGGGCAGCUCCUGCUCCAGUCCUGAAUCCAUUUUUAUUUUUGUGCUUAGGUGAGCUAAAGUUUAAUUAGGGUUGAAUCAAAAAUGGCACCCAGUGUCCAAACAUAGACAGAAGCUACUGCCUCCACUGGGACGCGGGUGGUGCUGUGAGUUAAACCACAGAGCCUAGGGCUUGCCGAUCAGAAGGUCGGCGGUUCGAAUCCCCGUGACGGGGUGAGCUCCCGUUGCUCAGUCCCUGCUCCUGCCAACCUAGCAGUUUGAAAGAACGUACAAAGUGCAAGUAGAUAAAUAGGUACCACUCUGGCGGGAAGGUAAACGGUGUUUCCGUGCGCUGCUCUGGUUCACCAGAAGUAGCUUAGUCAUGCUGGCCACAUGACCCAGAAGCUGUACGCCGGCUCCCUCGGCCAAUAAAGCAAGAUGAGAGCACCAACCCCAGAGUCGUCCGCGACUGGACCUAAUGGUCAGGGGUCCCUUAUCUUUACUGCCUCCACUAUGAGAAUCUUCAUCCCGUGUCUGGCUACGAUAUCACAAGAGGUUGCCAAGUUGGUGUAGGAUGGAACCAUCCUGCCAAAUGUUGGUGGUGAUUUUUCAGAGCCCUCCAAAUUAUGCAGGUUGGACCCGUCACAACAGAUUUGGCAGAGACCCACCCACCAAAGGGGGUGGCAAUAUAGUUGGAGGUGCGUAAAUUAGCGUAGUUUGGACCCCAUAGUUUGCUCCCUCCGAUAAGUGAAGUUACACCAAAGUCAUGUUUUGGUCCACCAUCUUGAUUCAAAAUGGUGCCCGGUGCCCAAAUAUUGAUGAAGACUGCCACCCCCACUUCAGGAACCCUCGUGCUGAGAUUAGCAAUGAUAUCUGGACAGUUUACAGAGUCUACAGAGAAUGGACAGACAGGGAAGCAGACCAACCACUCCCUAAAACAGGCACCCGCAAACUCGGCCCUCCAGCUGUUUUGGGACUAUAACUCCCAUCAUCCCUAGCUAACAGGACCGGUGGUCAGGGAUGGUGGGAAAUGUAGUCCCAAAAACAUUUGGAGGGCUGAGUUUGGGGAUGCCUGCCCUAAAAUAUACACGUUGCUGGCAUCCGUCUGUCUCGGGAGACAAUGGAAGAGUGUGCCUUUGGGGGUAAAGUCAAACCGUUAGAGAGUUACUGCCCCUGCUAUGGCUGUAGAGACCGGUAUGGGAGAGACAUGUUUUGUAGCAGCUGGGGCAGAUGAAGGCAUCCAGUUUUGCUGCUGCAGGUACACCAUGGCAUUUCUUCUCUCUGCGGUCCUCCCAGUAGUCAUUCCUCCUCUGGUCAUCACUGUGGAUACAAAACCCGACUGCCUCCAGAUUAUCUGCAAGGGAUUCCCAUACAGAAGAGUUAAUGUCUCCUGCCUUCAUGUCACGCUGUCAGACAUCUUUGUAACACAGAGCUGGUCUGCCAACAGGCCUAGUGCCUGAAGCCAGCUCCCUACAGAGCACAUCCUUGGGGAUCCUGCCAUUUUCCAUCCUUUGAGCAUGACCAGGCCAGUGUAGACGUCGCUGAGACAGGAGUGCAAACAGGCUUGGGAUUUGGGCUUGGGAGAGCACAUCUUUGUUUGAGAUUCUGUCGCGCCAUUGGAUGCCCAAAAUCUCCAUGACGCAGGCUCGUGGAAGGCGUUAAGGUGUUGCUCCUGGUGGGUGUAAGUUGCCCAUGACUCAUUUCCAUAUAGCAGGGUGCUCAACACACAAGCCUGGUAGACCUUCAUCUUGGUAUAAUAAUAAUAAUAAUAAUAAUAAUAAUAAUAAUUUAUUAUUUAUACCCCGCAGAUCUGGCUGGGUUUCCCCAGCCACUCUGGGUGGCUUCAACAAAACACUAAAAUACAAUAACCUAUUAAACAUUAAAAGCGUCCCUAAACAGGGCUGCCUUCAGAUGUCUUCUAAAAGUUUGGUAGUUAUUUUUCUCUUUGACAUCUGGUGGGAGGGUGUUCCACAGGGCGGGUGCCACUACCGAGAAGGCCCUCUGCCUGGUUCCCUGGAACUUGGCUUCUUGCAGCGAGGGAACCGCCAGAAGGCCCUCGGCGCUGGACCUCAGUGUCCAGGCAGAACGAUGGAGGUGGAGACGCUCCUUCAGGUGUACUGGACUGAGGCUGUUUAGGGUUUUAAAGGUCAGCAGCAACACUUUGAAUUGUGCUCGGAAACGUACUGGGAGCCAGUGUAGGCUGUUAGCACCACAUUGCCCCAUAUCUUUUUGGAGAGGUGAGCCAAUGCCAUAGCUGCCUUGCCAAUACGUUUGUCCAGCUCAGCAUUAAUGGGGAGGUUGCUAUGUUCAUCGGAACAUAGGAAUCUUCCUUUGAUGGAGGCACACCGAUGAAUGUGUCUGGUGGGCACACCUCUUGCUUUCAUUCGAGAUGCUCAGCGCUUGCUUUGCAUGCAGAAGUCCCCAGAUUCAACCACUCCAUCUGGGACUGCCUGAAACGCUCUAGAGCUGCUGCCAGUCAGUGUAGACAGUACUAAGCCAGAUGGACCUAGGGCCUGACUCGAUACAAGGCAGCUUUCUCUGUUUGUGUGCUGUAAGGGAACGACUGCAGUGCAGUGGUUAGAGCAUCUCACUCAGUUGGUUAGAGCGUGGUGCUGAUAAUGCCAAGCUUGCAGGUUCGAUCCCCGUGUGGGACAGCUGCCUAUUCCUACAUUGCAGGCGGUUGGACUAGAUGAUCCUCAGAGUCCCUUCUAUGAUGUGAAAGCCCCAGGUUUGAUCUCUAGCAUUUCCAGCUAGCAUUGGCAGACAACCCUCUCUGAAACCCUGGAGAGCUGCUGCCAGUCAAUGUAGACAGCACUAGCUUAGAUAGGCCUGUGCUCUGACUCGACAGCUUCCUAUGAUCCAGAAGAAGGGUUCUGACUACAGUGGUACCUCGGGUUAAGUACUUAAUUCAUUACGGAGGUCUGUUCUUAACCUGAAACUGUUCUUAACCUGAAGCACCACUUUAGCUAAUGGGGCCUCCGGCUGCUGCCGCGCUGCCGGAACACGAUAUCUGUUCUCAUCCUGAAGCAAAGUUCUUAACCUGAGGUACUAUUUCUGGGUUAGCGGAGUCUGUAACCUGAAGUGUAUGUAACCCGAGGUACCACUGUACUUGGGUGAAACAAGUUUGACUGCCUUCCUCCCCUCCAAAAGAGAGACCUUACUCCUGUUAAAACGGCAUCUCCCUUUUGUCUGCCCUCCGACACACAACCAGCUGUCCUUUUGGGAGCCUGGCACAGUCCUGGGGAUCAUCUGUCACUAUAGUCGGGCUCUCACCUAAUGUUGGAAAUAUGCGUUCAUUAAACUUUCAAGCGCAGCCUCCCUUUGCCAAGGGAGCUCUCCAAGGUGGGUUGGAUUUCUGCUCCUCCUCUGACGGAAUCGCUGGUUGACCUGCUGGUGGGGGACGGGCGGGCAAUUGUACUCCACCUCGAGCGGCUGGCUCCGUGCCUUUAAUUUAUCACUAUUAUUAUUAUUUUUCUCUCCACCUGCGUUUCUCCUUUGUUUUACCGAGAUCUUAAUCUCCCAGCAGGGCAGGCCGAGGGAGCAGUUUCCAGCCUCGGCUGACGUCAGUUGCAGCUCCGUCGAUUAGCUGGCGCUAGGCACUGGGAGAGAGGUGCAGCUGUCGUCCCUCUCCCUGGCGACCAGGUUUAAUGCCAUCCUCACCACCUCUUGCUUCAGCGAGUUGACACAGUGUGGUCCUCUGAAGCUCAGCAGGGCAUGUUUACUCAUUUAUUUCGUUGCCAAGUAGCUCUGCCCGCUUUGCACAACAACCCUGUGAGGGAGGUUAGGCUGAGAAGAAGAGAAGAAGAAGGGUUUGGAUUUGAUAUCCCGCUUUAUCACUACCCGAAGGAGUCUCAAAGCAGCUAACAUUCUCCUUUCCCUUCCUCCCCCACAACAAACACUCUGUGAGGUGAGUGGGGCUGAGAGACUUCAAAGAAGUGUGACUAGCCCAAGGUCACCCAGCAGCUGCAGGUGGAGGAACAGGGAAGCGAACCUGGUUCACCAGAUUACGAGUCUACCUCUCUGAACCACUACACCACACUGGCAGCAGCUGAGAGGCAGCAGCUGGCCCCCACGGUCAUCCAGUGAGAUUUAUGACCGAGUGGGGAUUUGAACCCUGGCCUCCCGGGUCUUAGUCUGUCACUGUUACCACUAUACCGCACUGGCUCUCCUAUGCCUGGGGCUUGCUGUCCACACAGGCUAGCACGGAGACAGGGGUGGUGCUUGCCUCCUGAGUACAUGUUAGUUUUUCCAGCAGUUGUAGGCAAUGGAGGUAAAGGGGCAGUGACCCAAUCAUUGUUUACUUUUCCGGCGGGUUCACCAGCUAUGACCCCUCUUGGACAGAGGUGACUUGGCCACUGUCCUCCGUGCUCCAUGCUAAGUUUGGAUGAGUGUAUGUGCUCUACAUGGAGCUGCUCUUGGAAACUUCAGCUGGUCCAAAACGCAGCAUUUGGAUUACUGGAUGGUAAUCCAUUUAGAUCUCAUGUAGCCCCUGCUUCCUAACAGCUGUGCCGGUUGCCGGUUUGUUUCUGGGCACAAUUCAAGGUGUUCACAUUGCCCCUAUUUUCCGGAGGCAAUCUUGGUUUUACAGAAGCUGUCCCAGUCUCAUGAUCUGAUCCCAGAACGUCCUGUGUUUCCUUAGCGCAUCCCUAUUUUCAUCAGAGAAAUGUUGGAGGGUCUAGUAAAGGUAAAAGUAAAGGGACCCCUGACCAUUAGGUCCAGUUGUGGCCAACUCUGGGGUUGUGGCGCUCAUCUUGCUUUAUUGGCCGAGGGAGCCGGCGUACAGCUUCCGGGUCAUGUGGCCAGCAUGACUAAGCCGCUUCUGGCAAACCAGAGCAGCGCACGGAAACGCCGUUUACCUUCCCGCUGGAACAGUACCUAUUUAUCUACUUGCACUUUGACGUGCUUUUGAACUGCUAGGUUGGCAGGAGCAGGGACCGAGCAACGGGAGCUCACCCCGUCGCAGGGAGUUGAACCGCCGAUCUUCUGAUCACCAAGUCCUAGGCUCUGUGGUUUAACCCACAGCGCCACCCGCAUAGGACAUCCCUAUUUUCAUCCGAUAAAUAUUGGAGGGUAUGGAGUUAUGUGGCCCCCGAGCCAAGGAGAUAUGUAACUAUACAAUCUUUAGAAGUCAUCUGAAGGGAGCCCUAUAUAGGCAAGUUUUCAAAAAUGGUUUGUUAUGUUUUUAUCCAUGUUGGAAGCCUCCCAGAGUGACUGGGGCAACCCAGUCAGGUGGGCAGUGUAUAAAUAGCAUUAUUAUUAUUAUUGAAUAGGACAUCCCUUUUUUCAUCAGAGAAAUAUUGGAGGCUACGACGUUGGUGUUUAAAGACCUAAGUAACUCAGACCCCAAAUACCUGAAAGACUUCCUAAGUAGGGUUUUGGUUUGAUCUAACGGGGCUUUUAGGUUCUUAUGUUUAGGAAGAUGAACCUUACACUCCGUGGCUACUGCUGUACAAUAAAAGCAGUGAAGGAUGACAGAGGGCUAGAAAGAAGAUAACAAUGCAAUAGAAAAUGUGUCUUAAUUUAAGUUUAGGGUUGGACAAAUCCACUGAUUUCAUUUUCUCUGAGUUUACACACAUACCGUACAUUUAAAAGCAUGUUACUUUUCCUCAUAGAAUCCAGGGAAUGGUAGUUUGUUGGGUGCUGGGAAUUGUAGCUCUGUGAGAGGUAAACCACAGUUCCCAGAGUCUUUGUGGGGGGAAGCCAUGCACUUGAAAUGUACGGUAUGUGUAUGGAGCCUCAGUUUUUCAUCUCCCCAGCCUAAGCUGGAGUUCAAUUCCCCAUAUUCCCACAGCAGCUUGCGGUAUAUUUAUUUUAAAAGUUCCUCAUGAAAAUUCCUCAGCGUUUUGGUGAAAAUGUUUCUAUGACACUUUGCCUAAUAUGCACUCUUUUUUUUUUUUUGAAGAGCAGUUUUCCCACUAAAAUGCUGAUGAAUUUUCAUGAGGAAUUUUUUUGUUGUUUAAAUAAUAAUAAUAAUGCAAAUGGAUGUGGAGAACUGAACUUAAGACUGGAGAAACUGAGAGAAACCAAAAUGCAUUGAUUUACACAUCUCCAGCCCACCUUUCCCAUGAAGGCGAAGGUGCAACUGCUUUAUCCUCCUUUCCUAUGGUAAGGCCCCAUCUGCACUAUACUUUUCAAGCAGUAUCACCCCACUUUUAAACAGUAACGACUUCCCGCAAAGACUCCUGGGAACUGUAGUUGCCCAGGGUGCAGAGAGCUGUUAGGCAAAGCCCCUAUACCCUUCCCAGAACUACAAUUUCCAGAGUUCCUUGGGAAGAGGCACUGACUGUUAAACCACUCCAGGAACUGUAAUUCUCUGGGGAGAACAGGGGCAUCCUAACCAGAGGCGGAGCUAGCUGCUCCAGCACCCAAGGGUGGGGCCAUGGGGGCGAGGCAAGCGUCCCAGGGGGCGAGACGCCCAUGGGGGUGGAGUGAGCAGCCCAUGGCGGGCCGCACCGCUUUGCCAGCAGCCUUCUCCCUUCCUCUUAACAGCUCGGGGGAGGAUCCCCCCCCCCAGGAAGCAGCCCGGGAGCGGGGGGGGGGGCAAUGGCGUGCUGCCCACCCGUGACUCUCAAACCUCCCCUGAGCUGUCAAAAGGGUCGGGGAAGGGGGGAAGGUCGCGAGCAAGGCAGCACAGCUCUGCCCCUUCCCCUGACGGCUUGGUGUAGGAUUGGAGUUGCUGGCGGGCAGCGUACUGAAUGUCACCCCCCUCAGCACGACCCCCACCCCCCUUCGACUGCCCCUGAUCCUAACAACUGUCAGCAUCCAUGACAAACUGCACUUCCCAGGAUCCUUUGCGAACUGCUAUGUUGGCAGGAGCUGGGACAAAGCAAUGGGAGCUCACCCCAUUGUGGGGAUUCGAACCGCCGACCUUCUGAUUGGCAAGCCUAAGAUGCUCAGUGGUUUCGACCACAGCGCCACCCGUGCCCCCAUAUCUACAGUGGUGCCCCGCAGGACGAAUGCCUCGCAAGACGAAAAACUCUCUAGGCAAAAGAGUUUUCCGUUUUUUUAGUCGUUCCGCAAGACGAAUUUCCCUAUGGGCUUGCUUCGCAAGACGAAACGUCUUGCGAGUUCUUGCGAGUUUGUUUCCUUUUUCUUAAAGCCGCUAAGCCGUUAAUAGCCGCUAAGCCGUUAAUAGCCGCUAAGCCGCUAAUAGCCGUGCUUCGCAAGACGAAAAACCGCAAGACGAAGAGACUCGCGGAACGGAUUAAUUUCGUCUUGCGAGGCACCACUGUAUCUAUCUAUCUAUCUAUCUAUCUAUCUAUCUAUCUAUCUAUCUAUCUUUCUAUCUAUCUAUCUAUCUAUCUAUCUAUCUAUCUUCUUCUUCUUCUUCUUCAUCAUCAUCAUCAUCAUCAUCAACAUCAUCAUCUAUCUAAAAAUAUAUAAGGCACAGCCCCCAUUGGAGAGUUUGUAGUGCCAUAUCGCAUUUAAACCACAGCAAAGGUGAGGGAGAGGGGCUGUUUAAAAUGGCGGCCACUCGAGUGCUGCUGCUACUGGCACCAACAAAGCCCAGCCCCCUUCCUCCUCUAGGCAGGGCGGGGAGAAGCCAGGAGGAGGGAGGGAGGAGGCGCCGCUGAAGAUUUGGGGCAGAUAAAUGAAAGGGCUCCACACGGCGGAGAGUUAAUCUAUGAGAAAUUGCUGUCCUGAUCUACAGGCCCAAAGGAGGGCUCAAGGGAUUGGCUGGGUACAGGGAUACCAAAGAAGGAUGUCCAAAAUCGUCAGAGGGAUCAGUUCUAGUGCUUGAUUAAAGAAAGGUGUAGACUUACAGCAAACCAGCCUGCCAGAUCUCCUAGUCUUUACUGACAUGGGUCAGACACCGCAGCAAGCUUGUCCCCACCCAAGUAAACGCCCAUGCAUUCUUUAUACACAAAGAAGAAAACUCCAGUUUGAUUGGACUACCCAUCAAUCACUCCAUCUGUCCAGAGGAGGGCACAGGUGGCAGAUACCCAAAUCUUACAGAUAGUUCCCCCUUCUGGGCUCAGAGCCCAGCAACCCCGAGCCCACAGAUAAGGAGAGCAUCAAAGGGAGCCAAUUAGCCUAUAUCAAAGCAAACGAAGAGAAACAUCUAUGAGCUCAUGGCGAACCAAUUAAUUGUGGAGUUAUCUUGACUGCCAAGAUGGCGUUUGCAGAGCACCUGGAACGGUUCAACACACUUUCUUCCGCAGGAGGCAGUGGUGGCCAUGAACUUUGAGGGUUUUAAAAGAGGAUUAGACAAAUUCAUGGAGGAGAGGGCUAUUGAAGCCAGGAUUAUUAUGGUAUCCCUCCACACUUGGAGGCAGUAAUGCUUCUGAAUACCAGUUGCUGGAAACCACAGGAAGGGAGAGUGAUCUCAUGCCCAGGUCCUGCUUACACGUUUCCCCUUGGGGCAUCUGGUCUACCACUGUGAGGACAGGAUGCCGUAACAGAUGGGCCAUUGCUCUUCUUGUGUUCUUACCAUCUAAUUGGAGGUACCUGAUAUUAUGGGAGCAGAACUCUUCUCAGUCAACCUACUUGGAUCCAGCUUCUUACUCUCUGUCUCCCCUUCACUUCCUGAUACUUCCUGGGGCCCCAGUUUCACCUCCCACAACCCACUGGGACUUUCCCUUGGGUCAUCAAGUGCCAACUCCCCCCAUUGCUGCCAAGGAUUGGACCAUUCCCUCCAUGACAUCUCCAAGGGAUUCAGGGCUUUGGCCCAGUAUAGCUGAAGGAGCGUUUGCACCACCACUGUUCAGCCCAGACACUGAGGUCCAGCUCCGAAGGCCUUCUGGCGGUUCCCUCACUGCAAGAGGUGAGGUUACAGGGAACCAGGCAGAGGGCCUUCUCAGUGGUGGUGCCCGCCCUGUGAAACACCCUCCCAUCAGAUGUCAAGGAAAUACAGUGGUACUUCGGGUUAAGAACUUAAUUAGUUCUGGAGGUCCGUUCUUAACCUGAAACUGUUCUUAACCUGAGGUACCACUUUAGCUAAUGGGGCCUCCCGCUGCCUCUGCGCCUGUGCCGUGUGAUUUCUGUUCUCAUCCUGAAGCAAAGUUCUUAACCUGAGGUACUAUUUUUGGGUUAGUGGAGUCUGUAACCUGAAGCGUCUGUAACCUGAAGCGUUUGUAACCCGAGGUACUACUGUACCUCUGACUUUUAGAAGACUAUCUGACUUUUAGAAGACAUCUGAAGGCAGCCCUGUUUAGGGAAGUUUUAAAUGUUUGAUGUUCUAUCGUGGUUUUAAUAUUCUGCUGGGAGCCGCCCAGAGUGACUGGGAAAGCCCAGCUAGAUGGGCGGGGUAUAAAUAAUAAAUGAUGAUCAUGAUGAUGACAACAGUAGCAAUGGUUGGCAAGGCUCCCCCCUUUCCUAUUUGUGAAGAAGGGAGAAACUUUCAAUGGAGUCUGAUGCAUUAGCGUGGAUGGGGCGCUGCCCUCAGCCAGCCCCUACCAGCCUGCCUGGUUUCCUCAUAACCAGCCCAGGGGAUGGUCCUGGUUGUCAGCUCAGGGGAUGGUCCUGGUUGUCAGCUUCUUCUUCCUCAGUCUCACAGAAUGGAGAAUGGGGGCAAAAAUAGAAUUAGCUGCCUCUGCCUGCCAUUGGCUCUGGCUCCCCCUGCUGUUCGGCUCCCUGCCUUCUGCCCUACCAUUCCAGGGGGCACCAGCUACCCCUGGGUGCGUUGACCCAUUUUCUUGAAGGAAACCUGUUGUGGAGUCCUGAGGCAGUUGAGCAGCUACUGAUUGUCCCCUCUCAUCACACCGCUCCCCCCUUCUCCCCCUUGCCUGACAUCUCCAUGGAAAAUAAGCUGUUUGAGGGACACAGAGAGGGGGCUGAGGAUAAAUAUUUUCUCUUAUCACCUCGUAGCCACAAUCUCUAUUCAGGUAUCAGCUUGCAGGUUGCUCUUUUGAAAUGAGGAGAGCCUGGGCUUGUCCUGGGCAAAAGAGAUGGAGAAAUGAGCUCCACUAUUAUUCUGCAUGAAGGGCUGCAGAGCUUUUGUCUGCUUUUACUUAUACUUAAUAUUUGCAUACCCUCCUUUUCUGUUUAAACCCAUAACAAGGGAUGGACAGAGAACCUGUCUAUUUCGGUUUCUCAUUUUUCCAAUCCUAAGUUCUCUACAUUUCCACACCAGUUUGCAAUUUUUUUGAAAACGAAGUCCUCAUGAAAAUUCAUAAGCAUUUUAAGUGUGAAUUUCUCCCUAUACACAUUGUUUGCAUUCAAUUUCCCCCGAUAUACACACUUUUGCAAAACGAUUUUCCUAAUGCAAUGCAUCUUUCCAUGUUUAUUAUUAUUAUUAUUAUUACUACUAAAGUUCAUUUGUGUGCGGAUUUUAGUAUAUGUAUAUUUGCACAAGUUACUCGGUUAGAGAACUGCCUUGCAAAAUUCAGAGGAGAGUGAAUUUCAGAGGACGGCUGUGGGUUUCAGUUUGCAUAUUGUUUUACAAAUUGCAAAUUAAGGGUUAUGAUUGCCUUAAAAUGUGAACUGAGUUGAAUUUCUCUCCCAUCCCAACUCAUAGCCAAAAUGACUUGCAAUGCCAGGAGAACAGAAUACAAUGAAGAAAUAAAACACUGCAGGGAUGGAUCUCUGAGGACAGUGUUUUUUUAUCUAUCUAUUCAUUCAUUUUAUUUAUUCAUUUAUUUAAUAAAUUUAUAUCUCAAUUUUCCUCCAAGCAGCUCAUAGUGGUUCUCCUCCCUCCUCCUCAUUUUAUCCUCACAACAACCCUGUGAGGUAGGGUAGGCUGAGAGGCAGUGACUGGCCCAAGGCCACUUCAAUCAGCUUCAUGGCUGAGUGGGGAUUUGAACCCUGGUCCUUCCAGGUUCAACACUCUGUGCCACACUGGAUGUCUGUCCCACCCCUUCCUCCCUAAAGGGUUAGCUCCCUUACACAGAAGGCAGAAGGGAACAGGACCCUGGACAGCUGCAAGAGAGCUCUGCAGGCUGGAACCCCACUGCCAGAGAUGUUGUCUAAGCAAGGAGCUGAGGGUAACCAAAAACUCCAUGUAGCCUGAAGGCCAGGAGUGUUCUCUGCUCCAUAUCUCUGGAUUGCAACAGAGGCACCGCCUGAUUUUGCAGUCUGUGGCUUCAGCAAGGUUUGGGAAAUGAAAAUACUGCAGUAGACUUAUCCUCUGAGGAUGGUGGUGUGGCAGGAUUCGCCCUCUGAUGGAGCAGUACAUAAUAAUAAUAAUAAUAAUAAUAAUAAUAAUUUAUACCCUGCCCACUCUGGGCGGCCUCCAACAGGAUAUUAAAAAUACAAUAAAAGAUCAAACAUUAAAAACUUCCCAAAACAAGCCUGCCUUCAGGUGUCUUCUAAAAGUCAAAUAGUUGGUUUAUAUCUGAUGGGACGGCAUUCCACAGGGCGGGCGCAACUACCAAGAAGGCCCUCUGCCUGGUUCCCUGCUCACUUCUUGCAGUGAGGGAACCGCCAGAAGGCCCUCGGAGCUGAAUGAUGGGGGUGAAGACGCUCCUUCAGGUAUACUGGAAUGAGGCCCAAGUACUGGGGUAAUUUUCCACAAGUAAACAGCUCAGACCAGGGGUAGGCAACCUAAGGCCUGGGGGCAGGAUGUGGCCCAAUCACCUUCUCAAUCCAGCCUGCAGACGGUCCAGGAAUCAGCGUGUUUUUACAUGAGUAGAAUGUGUCCUUUUAUUUCAAAUGCAUCUCUGGGUUAUUUGUGGGGCAUAGGAAUUCGUUCAUUUUUUCCCCCUUCAAAAUAUAGUCCGGCCCCCCACAUGGUCUGAGGGACGGUGGACGGGCCUACAGCUGAAAAAGGUUGCAGACCCCUGCCUCAGACUGUGCCUUCAUCUGUGUCCACAUAUAUACAUGCAAGGUGAUGGGGGGAGUCAAUCUCAGGGUCGUGGCUUGAUUAUUGACUGGGAGCGAGACAGGAGUGAUAGCUCAGUCGGUGGAGCAUGAAAAUCUCAGGGUUGUGGGUUCAAGCCCCAUGUUGGGCAACAGAUUUCUGCAUUGCAGGGGGUUGGACCAGAUGACCAUUGUGGGCCCUUCCAACUUUACAAUUAUAUGAUUCUAAGAAGGGAGGAACAGGAAAGGAAACCAUUGUCUCAAAUGAGGCCUCAGCUAAUAGAAUCAAACUUUCCAGCGAAUUUCCAACUGAGGUGGUUUCAUGCUGGCGUAUUCACUUGCUUGCAUGACAGAACCAGGAAAAGGAAAAUGGCAGGAGCUCCCCAAGCUAUGGGCAAAGCAUGAUGGCAGCAAGUUGGCAUGUGAGGUUGGAACAGCAUCGUUACGACAGGGAAGAGAUGGUGCAAAAGAUGAAGAGAGUGGGGGACUGGAAAGCACAGCAAGAUAUAUAUAUAUAUAUAUAUAUAUAUAUAUAUAUGUAUAUAUAUGGUUUAUAUCCCACCUAAUGAGAAGCUAACAGCCAGGAUUACCCUGGCUGGAAACAUUUGGAGGAAUCAACACUGAGAUUGGUGGGGCAUCUUUCCAUCUCUGAGCCAAUAGUGUCUGCGCUGCUGUCAUCGCAUACAUAAAUAAUCGUUUCUGCUCCUUUGGAAUCUCUGUAGCUAAAGUGCCAACCAGAGACAAAUGGCUGAUGAAGAUGAUGGGCUAUGCCAAAAUGGCGAAACUGAUUGGGAAAAUCAGAAACCAGGAAGAGAAGAACUUUGAGAAGGAAUGGGAAAAAUUUAUAAUGUAUUUAAGAGAACACUGUAAACAACUAAAAACUUUGGCAGGAUUUGAGUAAUGCUUGUAAUGUACGAAAAACUAUCGUAAAAAUGAAUUAUUUUUUCUUAAAAAAAAAAAAAAGAGAAAGUAAGAAAAGCAGUUGGGGGGAAAAACAUAUUGAUAAUGGUAACCCUGGAAGGGUGGAGGGGAGUCGAAGGAUUCAGGGAAUCCUAAACAAUGAGGUGGUUGUUUAGUUUGAAUUUUAUUUUUUAAUGUAAAACUCAAUAAAAAUAUAUUAAAAAAGAAAAAGAGAUUGGCAGAGCAUUGCUCCGUUUGCCUGGCAGAACAACGGACACAACCCUUUACCUUUCGUAUGGUAGGUGACAUUCAAGCCACACAGAAACCAGAGGUUUCUACAGAUAAUUACCUCAUAAAGGAAAACCUCUCUCCCUCCUCCAUCCAGGCAAGCAAGCAAGCAAGAGGCGUUAUCACAGUUCAUGGGUCAUAUUUCAGCCAGGCAAAGACUCUGAGCAGCACCAGUGAGAGUUGUGGCCUGGGAAGAGUCCUGAGGGUCCGAGCAGAGAGUACUGGAGGGCCACAUUCACAUCCCCCCCACCCCACCCCAGACCUGAAGUUCCUCAUCCCUGUGUCAGCAUCUGCCAACACACACCUGGUGAAGUCGUAUUCGGCCCACAACCUGACAGUUAUUCUUUUGGGGAGCACACGUCCUCCUGUCUUGUACACUGGUACCUCGGGUUACAUACGCUUCAGUUUACAUACGCUUCAGGUUACAGACUCCGCUAACCCAGAAAUAUUACCUCGGGUUGAGAACUUUGCUUCAGGAUGAGAACAGAAAUCAUGCGCCAGUGGCGCGGCGGCAGCGGGAGGCCCCAUUUGCUAAAGUGGUGCUUCAGGUUAAGAACAGUUUCAGGUUAAGAAUGGACCUCCGGAACGAAUUAAGUACUUAACCCGAGGUACCACUGUACUCUCUACAAAGACCCGAGGAACAAGAUCAUCACCCCACUCGUACUAACCAUCCCAGGGCGCUCAACCACUGCCACAAUGUCCUUUCUUCUGUCAGAUCAAAAUGAGCAGAUAACAGCAAAGGUGGCUAGGUUCAUAGCAGGAGCAAUCAGAAUAAGGGCCACUAACUGACGGCUGAUUUAAAUUGUGCUCUUAUAUCAAAUUUACUUUUCUGCGUAUACUGUGAUGUUUUACUGUUGCUAUGGCCAUUGGCUAAUGCAAAUAAAGUUUUAUCUAUCUUUUGGGGCGCUGCUAUGGGACACCCUUUGGUGUCUCUGCAGGGGAAGAACCAGCAAGGCUACGAAAAAGGAUGAAGAGGCAGACACCCCUGGAUAUACAACGCAGUGCCACCUUGUGUCAGGAAUGGUGAGCUGCAACUUAGCAGGGAUGCCGUUGACGGGUUCAUGAUGCCCAGCAUGGAGAGAAGUUUUUCUCCCCCUCUCAUAGCACUUGGACUGUGGACAAGCUAAAUGCUGGAGGUUUAAGGGCGGAUAAAAGAAAGGACUUAUCCAUGCGUGUGGCAUGUUGUUAAACUGUGGAACUCGCUGCCGCAGGACACAGACGGCCAUCGAUUUGGAUGGCUUUAAAUGAGGGAUUGGACUAAUAAUAAUAAUAAUAAUAAUAAUAAUAAAUUAUUUAUACCCCGCCCAUCUGGCUGGGUUUUCCCAGCCACUCUGGGCGGCUUCCAACACAAUAUUAAAAUACAGUAAUGCAUCAAACAUUAAAAGCUUCCCUAAACAGGGAUGCCUUCAGAUGUCUUCUAAAAGUCAGAUAGUUGUUUAUUUCUUUGGCAUCUGAUGGAAGGGCGUUCCACAGGGCGGGUGCCACUACCGAGAAGGCCCUCUGCCUGCUUCCCUUUAACCUCAUUUCUCACAGUGAGGGAACCGCCAGAAGGCCCUCGGAGGUGGACCUCAGUGUCCGGGCUGAACGAUGGGGAUGGAGACGCUCCUUCAGGUGUACUGGGCGGGGGCAGUUUAGGGCUUUAAAGGUCAGCACCAACACUUUGAAUUGUGCUCGGAAACAUACUGGGAGCCAAUGUAGGUCUUUUAAGACCGGUGUUAUGUGGUCUUGGUGGCUGCUCCCAGUCACCAGUCUGCCUGGAGGAAAAGGCUAUGCUCUAUACCUCCACUGUCAGAGGCAACAGUGCCUCUGAAUAUCCGUAGCUGGAAACCGCAGGAGGGAAGAGUGUUCUUGUGUUUGGGUCCUGUUUGCAGGGCUUCCCAUUGGGACAUCUAGUUGGCCACUGAGAGAACAGGAUGCUGGACUAGAUGGGCCACUGGCUGGAUCCAGCAGGCUCCUCUUACAAACUUAUGUAAGUUUUGGUCAACUCUGUGAGCCUGCGUGCCAGUGUUGGGCUUGGCCAGAGGCAAAAGGAGUUAGAGCGAUGAGGGCAAAUUUUUGCCUUUGUGCAAUAGGCUGGCUUAACAACAACAAAACGAAAUACCUUUUUCAGUCUGCUUCAAAAAGGACAGUGACUAGGAAGUGUUGUUGGGUUUUUUUUGCUUAAAUCCUUUUGCAAUAAUAAUAAUAAUAAUAAUAAUAAUAAUAAUAAUAAUAAUAAUAAUAUAAUACAUUAUUGCAUUAUGAAAGGGGAUCUCUGAGAUUUGAAAUAGCUGGAACACAGAGUUUGUAACUCUGUUGUGCCUGGAUCUUAUUUGCAUUUACCUGUUGGGCUUUCUGAGUUCUUUUUUAUUAAAAAAAAAAAUCUUUGUAAAAGAAAAGGAAAGAAAGAAAGAAAGAAAGAAAGAAAGAAAGAAAGAAAGGAGCCUAUGAAGAAAGUGGUGUGGUAAAUGUGAGCAAAAUUACCAAGAAUGAAAUAUAUGCUUCCGUUUCCAUGGGAAAUAAAAUAAGUGUGUGGUGUAUGAUUGACUCUUAAUUCCAGGGUCACGGGUUCGAGUCAUUGGGCAAAAGAUUCCUGAAUUGCAGGGACUUGAACUUGUUGAUCCUUCCAUCCCUACAGUUCUAUAGUUCCAUGACUCUCCUCGUAACCACUUUUGGGUCUGCCCCCACUCCUUACUAGCCAUGGCGGCUAGAUUCUGCCCCCACUGUCAGUGGCAAUAUACCGCUGUGUACCACUUUUAUUUAUUUACGGAAAACAUUUGAAAGAAAUAAAUAAAUGGCGGCGACACCUGCAGGUGUGAUUCAUUGGGGGCCAGGCUGCAAACUGCUAGAGGGUGCAGAAGGGAGCAUGGUGGGGAGAGGAGGGGGGAACAUGCCUAGGGGAUGGGCGGGAUCUCCUGACAGACAGCUGCCUUGACUCCGCCUACCUCCUGUCUCUUCCCAACCCUUUCUGUUUUCCAGAGCAAACUGGUGAAGUACUUCAGCCGCCAGCUCUCGUGCAAGAGGAAAGUGGCCCUUCAGGAACGCAAUGACAAGCUUGAGGGCUUCCCGCAGCUCCUGCACUGGUUCCGCAUCGUCAACGUCCGCAAGGAGGUCAUGGAGGUGAGCUGCGCACGGGGUCUUGGAGGGGUUGGCCCCUGCCUCUUCCCUGGCCUCCCUCCUCCAGCUUCUUGUCCCUCCAGCCCCCCUCCUCCCCUUCCUCUGUUCUGUGUGCUUUUGAUGGUGCUCUACGAAUCGUUCCUUUUUGGAGAAAGUGCAAUAAGACAGGGACCAAACUGGGGUCGCUAAGAAGCACAGUGGAAGAAUCAUGUGCUGUGAGCUCACAGUGCUGAGGUGUUUUAAUUAGUUUAGUUAGUUAAUUAGGUGAUGUAAAGCAGAGGCGGGGGACGCGGGUGGCACUGUGGGUUAAACCACAGAGCCUAGGACUUGCCGAUCAGAAGGUCGGUGGUUCAAAUCCCCGCGCCAGGGUGAGCUCCCGUUGCUCAGUCCCUGCUCCUGCCAACCUAGCAGUUCAAAAGCACCUCAAAGUGCAUGUAGAUAAAUAGGUACCGCUCCGGCGGGAAGGUAAACAGCGUUUCCGUGCGCUGCUCUGGUUCACCAGAAGCAGCUUAGUCAUGCUGGCCACAUGACCUGGAAGCUGUACGCUGGCUCCCUCGGCCAGUAAAGCGAGAUGAGCGCCGCAACCCCAGAGUCGGUCACGACUGGACCCAAUGGUCAGGGGUCCCUUUACCUUUACCUAAAGUAGAGGCAGUUGAAAGCUCACUGAGAAACUGAGGUUCUCUGCAAACCUUCACUUCACUUAUGUUUCUUGUUUUUUAAAAAAGUUUUUACAGUGGUACCUCGGUUGUUGAACAUCUCGGAAGCCGAACCUUUUGGUUUUCUAACGCCGAAAACCCGGAAGUAAAUGCUUCUGUUUUCAAAUGCGCCUCAGAAGUCGAACAGCUUUCGUUGAGUGUGUGCCCCCCCGCUUUAUCCAUUGACUUGGCAGACUGCCCUUUGCGCCUCAGUUUUCGAACAUUUCGGAAGUCGAACGGUCUUCCAGAACGGAUUACGUUCGACAACCAAGGCACCACUGUAUUAAAUAUUGUAUUGUGUUACAAAACAGCCUAAUAAACAAGGAAAAAUACAUCUAGCAUCUCCCCUUUCGAUUCAUAGAGUCUUUUCCACAGUUGCUUUAUGAGACGCUAUUGUCAAUAGACGUCAUGUGGUUGGAAGGGAAAGAGAGGGAGAUGGGGGGGGUAAACAAUGGGUGCACAUGGAGAUAGAUAAAAUCAGAAACAUCUUCACUACCUGUUCCUCCAAAACAAACUAAGGAAAAUUCCCACAACGCUAAACAGGUCCACACUGUCCACAAAGCAUAGAAGGAAGAAGUAGGAACACGGACCCCAACCGUAUCCCAUCACCCUUAUUCCAUCAUUCAGCCCAAAGCAUCCAUAUAAAAAGGCCUGGCAGGCUAAAGGUCUAUCAUAUAACCCACUUUUACACUUCAUUUCUUCUUUUUGUUUUUCCUUUUUGUAACAUAAAAACUUCAUUAGGGCCAAAAUCCACAAUGUGGUAUGUGGUUACAAAGAACUGUUGCUAGGAUUGCCGUAUAUUGAAUUACUCUAACCCAGGCAUAGGCAAACUCAGCCCUCCAGAUGCUUUGGGACUACAACUUCCACGAUCCCUAGCUAACAGGACCAGUGGUCAGGGAUGAUGGGAACUGUAGUCCAAAAACAUCUGGCGGGCCGAGUUUGCCUAUGCCUGCUCUAACAGUAGUUUGAUCUCCAGUAAUGAGUACAUGAUCAUGUUUAAAUCCAUCCAAAUAUUUCACUGGCAGAUCUCCACAUGCUGCUCCUUUUUGAAAGGUACGAAAGGAGACCAAUAUAUGGCCAGUUGGCAAACCCUGUCUCUUUUCCAAACUACAAUUUCUGCUGACUCUCCCAGGAAGCAGUUUUUGAGAUAUGAAUAUACAAUGACUCAGCAGAACCCACCUAUGGAAGCAGCAGCAUCUACCAGUGUGGUGUAGUGGUUAAGAGCGGUAGACUCGUAAUCUGGGGAACUGGGUUCGUGUCUCUGCUCCUCCACAUGCAGCUGCUGGGGGACCUUGGGCCAGUCACACUUCUUUGAAGUCUCUCAGCCCCACUCACCUCACAGAAUGUUUGUUGUGGGGGAGGAAGGGAAAGGAGAAUGUUAGCCGCUUUGAGACUCCUUCAGGUAGUGAUAAAGCGGGAUAUCAAAUCCAAACUCUUCUUCUUCUUUUUCUACUACUCAGCCAGUCACCUUUCUUCUCUCUGUCCCCUUAUGAUUUGAAGCUUGCUCGACAGAUGACAACCGGCCAUUGAUUACUGGUGCUUGAGUGUACUAGUACUGUAUCCACUUUAUCAAAAUGAUUGUCGGUUUUAUUACUUUUAUAUAUUCUCUGAUCAAAUCCCUCUUUUAAGGUAAGAGACGAAUAAAAGGAAGCACUCCCGAAUAUAAGCCACACUCUCCUUCCAAUUUCAGACCCUGAAGUGCGGUCACACUUCUUUGGUGCACUGUCUCCACAGGUCCACAAGAGGGCAGCAUUGCUUAACUCUGUGAGUAUUUUUCCACGAGGAAAAAUAACUUUGGCUUCCUAAAAGGAGCUCAACAACUCUGACAAUGGGUAGAUCACUGCCAGUUUUUUUAAUACAGACUCUUGGAAGAUGGACGCCCCUGAUCUAGGUCAUAUACGUAGGCUAUAGUUGGCAGCUCCUGACUAAAACACCUCCUCUUUUUUUUAGCAUUAAAGGGAGCUAAAUGAGAAAUAGGAUUGGAUUUUUCUUUUUAUGUUGGGUCACUUUCUCAGUGGAAAAUCUGAAAAGCGAUAAACUGUAGGACCAUAGGAAGCUGCCUUAGCCAGGCCCUUGGUCCAUCUAGCUCAAUACAGACAACUCUGACCGGCAGCAGCGGUUCUCCAGGGUUUGGGGCAAGGGACAUUCCUAGCCCUAACGGAAGAUGCUGAGAGUUGAACGGGACCUUCUGUGAGCAAGGCAGAUGCUCUACCCUUGAAAGUAUCCAGCAAUAUCAAGUUAUAGGAAAACUGGUGCUAUUAACAGUAAUCCUUCUAGUUGGUUAAUUGGUGCGGCAACUUCCAUGCACAUGACGUGUGAUGCUAAUUAUUUCCCCCAAGAAUUAAAUGAUAACUAAUCAGAGGCAGCUACAGGAGAGCUAUGGGAUUCAGGUGAGGGUCACUCCCAGCAGGUACAGUGGUACCUCGGGUUAAGUACUUAAUUCGUUCCGGAGGUCCGUUCUUAACCUGAAGCUGUUCUUAACCUGAAGCACCACUUUAGCUAAUGGGGCCUCCUGCUGCUGCCGCGCCGCCAGAACAUGAUUUCUGUUCUCAUCCUGAAGCAAAGUUCUUAACCUGAAGCACUAUUUCUGGGUUAGCGGAGUCUGUAACCUGAAGCGCAUGUAACCCGAGGUACCACUGUAUAUAAGAGGAUGGCCCGGCCUGCCUAGUCUUUUACCUGUGGUAAGCAAAUCUUGAAACUAUAAACCGCUUCUGAUAAUACCCAGGAAACACCAAAAGCCGCAGUUCAGCAGAAGAGCAUCUGUUUGCAUGCAGAAGUUCCCAAGUUCAGACCCUGAAGGCAUCUCCUGCUAGGGCUGACAGAGAGACCCUUGUCUGUAACUUUACUGCCAGUCUGUGCAGACAGUCCUGAGCUCGAUGGACCAACAGUGGCCAUCCACGCAUUUUCAUCAGGCCCUUGGGACUCUGCCCAGGUCCUGCCCCUCUUUAGCCCUGCUUUGUCUUGUCUUCCAGGGUCGGGCAGCCCAACCUCUCUGACCAAGCAGGCAGCAAGAGUCCUUCGACACAGAUAGUAUUGUUUAUUUUUUUAAAUCUCACUCACUUCUUUCUUUCUUUCUUUCUUUCUUUCUUUCUUUCUUUCUUUCUUUCCCCCCACACUCUAUCUUUUUAUAGAUGAAAUUUUCUUAAUAAAAUAUUAUCAUUAAUAGUAAAAACAACAACAGACAGACCCCAGGGGCUGCACACUGAAUUUUUAUUUCCGUAUUGUAAAUCAAAGCUGCUCGCAAUACAGUGGUACCUCGGGUUACAUAUGCUUCAGGUUACAGACUCUGCUAACCCAGAAAUAGUGCUUCAGGUUAAGAACUUUGCUUCAGGAUGAGAACAGAAAUUGUGCUCCGGCGGCGUGGCAGCAGCAGGAGGCCCCAUUAGCGAAAGUGGUGCUUCAGGUUAAGAACAGUUUCAGGUUAAGAACGGACCUCUGGAACGAAUUAAGUACUUAAUCCGAGGUACCACUAUAUAGUUAAUAUUAUUUAAUAUGCACAGUUAAUGGCUCAAAUGUGUCCUUGAACUGCAAUGGGGCCUCUUAGAAUCAUAAAAUUGUAGAGUUGGAAGGGACCCCAAGGGUCAUCUAGCCCAACCCCCUAUAAUUCAGGAAUCUCAACUACACCAUACAUUACAGGUGGCCAUCUGACCUCUACUUAAAACCCCGCAAAGAAGGAGAGUCUACCACCUCCCAAGGGAGACCUUUCCACUGUCGAACAGAUCUUAUUGUCAGAAAGUUCUUCCUGAUGUUUAGUCGGAAUCUCCUUUGCGUUUAGUUGGGAUCUUUGCAUUGUUAUGUAUAAUUGCGGUUUCAACGAAAGAUCUUUUGUUCAGUUCAAAUCUCUCUCUCUUUCUCUUUUUUAAAAAACCAUUUAUUCGAAAGUUACAAUGCAGUACAAACUUUCAAUCAAUAUAUCUGCACUGCAGUUCAAAUAUCUGAAACCACCAUUCUGCCCGAGCCCCACAGGAGCCCCAUAGGGCAAGGUUACGCUUAUUUCGCAGGAGAGCUGUUCGCGAUGUCACCAGGUAAUCUUUGCUACCCAGAGAAAACUCUCAGUUGCCCUUGGCAACCGAGCAAGUGACUGAACAGCUUGAUGUCACAUUCAGAAAUGCAACUCGUUAAUACCUUCUUGGCUUCUUGCUUUUUUGCAAAAGUCUCUUAAAGAGCCCAGUACCUGGGAGCGAUCUUGCCCACCCCCGCAGCGCCUUAAAUUGCCCCGAGGUGCAAAGGCGCACCGACCAUUUCCAUGGGAUUGCUGGCCCUUGGCUAUUUCUAGGAAUAGAAACUUCAUCAAUAUUGAAUCUGUUACUUACCUUGGCUCCAUCUGCAGCGCACGUUUAAAGCGGCAUUGUACCCCUGAAAGCAGCCCUGGGUUCCCUCAGAGAAUCCCGGGAGCUGUAGUUUGUUACAGGUGCUGAGAGUUGUUAGGAGACUCCCCACACCCUGUUCCCUUCACAGAGCUACAGUUCCCAGAGGGGUUUAACAAUCUCUCCCUCUUCCAGGUAGCUCUGGGAAUUGUAGCUCUUGUGAGGGGAACAGAGAUCUCCUAGCAACUCUCAGCACCCUUAGCAAACUACAGUUCCCGGAAUCCUUGGGAGGAAGCCAAGACUAUUUAAAAUGGUACGACACUGCUUUAAAUGUGUAGCACAGAUGAAAACAUUUUAAGAUCCAUAGAGAAAAGCAGCGUGUUUAUACUCUCCAACAUUUCUCCAAUAAAAACAGUGACAUCCUAUUUAAUAAUAAUAAUAAUAAUAAUAAUAAUAAUAUAGUCAAACCUUGGAUCACAAACGCCUUUGUUUUCGAGUGUUUCGGCUCCCGAAUGCCAAAAAAUCUGGAAGUAAAUGCUCCAGUUUCUGAACGUUUUUUGGAAGCUGAACGUCUGACACGGCUUCCGCUUGAGUGCAGGAAGCUCCUGCAACCAGUCGGAAGCCGUGCCUCAGUUGUUGAACAUUUCAGAAGCUGAACGGACUUCCAGAAUGGAUUAUGUUUGACAACUGAGGUUUGACUGUAAUAAUAAUAAUAGUAAUAAUUUUAUUAUUUAUACCCUGCCCAGCUGACUGGGUUGCCCCAGCCACUCUGGGCGGCUUCCAACAUAUAUAAAAACAUAAUAGAACAUUAAAAAACUUCCCUGUAGAGGGCUGCCUUCAGAUGUCUUCUAAAGGUUGUUGUCUCCUUAGCUUGCGGGUCUCAACUCCGUACCCUCCAACAUUUCUCUGAUGAAAAUAGAGACAUUCUAAGGAAAAGCGGGACAUUCCAAGAUCAAAUCAGAAGCUGGGAUGGCUUCUGUAAUUCUGGGACUGUCCCUGAAAAACAGGGGCACUCGGAGGGUCUGUUAUACUCACUAACGAAGAUUUAAUGACGAAACAUAAGAAUUUACUUUUUCGUUUAUUUUGUAUUUGAGGUGGCGGGUGAUGUAAAUGUACGAUUUUCUUUUGUUUGUUUUUUCUUGAUGUGUAAAAUAAAGCAUAAACUCAAAAAAGAAAAAAGAAAAGAAAAAAGAAAGAACCAGCAGCAAGGCUCUUCCCAGUUAUUUGUUUAUUUAUUUAUUUGCAAAGAUGUCUAGACUGCUAGUGUUAAGAGAGAGAGAGAGAAAAAACAGUGGUGAACAUCUUAAAAAUCAAUAAUACAAUUGCAUUCAUAAGCACGUCUUAAAUCAAAUCAAUAGACCAAUAUAUAUAACUGGAUCACCCCUUAAGGAAAGCCUUGUGUUGGUAGUAGCAGUGACUGGGAGCAGGUGCUUCUUGGAGCUGGUAGGGUGCAAGGCAUGGAGACCAAUGGUAAAGGUAAAGGGAACCCUGACCAUUAGGUCCAGUCGUGGCCGACUCUGGAGUUGCGGCGCUCAUCUCGUUUUACUGGCCGAGGGAGCUGGCGUACAGCUUCCGGGUCAUGUGGCCAGCAUGACUAUGCCGCUUCUGGCGAACCAGAGUAGCGCACGGAAACUCCGUUUACCUUCCCGCUGGAGCGGUACCUAUUUAUCUACUUGCACUUUGACAUGCUUUCGAACUGCUAGGUUGGCAGGAGCAGGGACUGAACAACGGGAGCUCACCCCGUCGCGGGGAUUCAAACCACCGACCUUCUGAUCGGCAAGUCCUAGGUGUUAUGUACUGAAGUUCUCACCCUGGGCCAGCAGGGGAAUACUGUAGAAAGUUAUGCAAAUAAGGGAUUGAAAGUGACGUUCAGUGAUUGGAUAGUUUUAGAAAGUUGUUACAGUAACGUUGUACUGGAGCUCUAUAUAAGCAGGCUGACUGAACCCUUCAGUUCAGUUCUGUCCUGGCCUGUGAAUAAACAAGAGAUGUUUGAAGAAUUGCUGUGUCAUCUGAUAUGUUCACCCACAACUUAACACUAGGCUCUGUGGUUUAGACCACAGCACCACCCACGUCCCUUAGACCAACAGUAGGUGGCGCUAAAGACAAAGGCCAAUUUAAUUCCAGUUUUGAUCCCAUCCUCCCUGCUGGGGUAGCACUGAGAUGGAGUGGGGAGUGGGGAGGAAGCUGCCAGGCAAGGUCCCUGCCCUGGAUGUUCUGUAAAUAAGAAGUCAGGCAGGCAGGUAGGUAGGGACUGGCUAAGGGCAGGCCGAACUUGUUGGGGCAGCGCCCCGUUUGCCCUGGGUUGUAUCCAAUAUUACCAUUUAAUUUUUGCCUGGUUUUGUGCCUACAAAACAAAAACAAAAGAUUAAAAAAAUGUAAACCAUAAAGCAACACAGCCUGGAGGGACAGAAGUCCAAAAAUACAGUGUGGUUCUAAAGGGAUAAUAAAGUGUUAACUCAUUCAAAGGUUCCCUUUACUAAUAACAAAGGUAUGUAAAAAUGAGAGUUUUCUCCACCUGUGAGUUCCACAGGAUCAAUAACAGAGGUUCUAUAAAGACUUAGAAGAGCCAGACAUUUGCUUAUGCCGGUGACACAAAGCACCUGUCUGCCUCAAUAUUCAUAUAAGAAAUUGCACCCAAAAUUUGUCCUCCUCUCAACAAACCCAUUGGAAUGAAGGAACCUGAUUCAAACAGGACCAUUAAUCCCAGCGGGUCUUUAUUGAGUAGGAUUUAUUUGGCUGCAACCCUUUACAUUUCAGGAGGAUGCGAUUGAGUUGUUGAUCUCUGGCAGAUUCGCUUGGCCUGAUGAGACUCUCUUCCUUCUUCUUAUGACACUUGCCUUCCUCCUUCCUCCCUCUAGGAAAUAACUCCCGGCCAGUUGAACCUGGAGGACCUUCUGGAGAUGACGGAUGAGCAGGUCUGCAUGACGGUGAAGAAGUUUGGGGCCAACCAGGAAGAAUGCGCAAGACUCAACGCCUCCCUCUCCUGCCUCCGGAGCGUCCAUAAAUCAGGUGCGAAGGUGUCCUCUCCCUCCCUCCCUCGCUGA